AUGCCUCUACCCGUUCGCUCCUCAGUAUGCUUCCUAUGCCAAACUAGGACGAGCAUUGUUACUCCACCGACUGUGCUGUCGACAUGGCAAGCCACGCGAUCCAUGGGUACUGGGCGAUUGCAUCGCAAGGCCGCUCGCAUGGCUCUAUCCCCUAAUGUCGCAAAGCAGUCCCUCAAGAAGCCACGCUCGAGCCGAAGUGGACCUUUUGCAAGCAUGAACCAGACCGAAGCUCGCAUUCGAGAUGAACCCCGUCCCCGAUCCCCGGCCGCUCUCAAACGUUCUGGCGAUAAUACGAAAUCGAAAAAGCCUGAAAGUCCUCUAUACAAAGCACUGAAAAUGCAAACAACAUUGUCUCCAGUUACCUAUGGCCGUCGGACAGCGAUCAAGUCCAAAAUUGCCGACAUUACCAGUUUCGAUCACAUGCCUCUUCUCCCUGCUGUCAGACAAUCAAUUUUCACCCAAGCUCUGCCAAAUUUAGCAGAUGUCACGCCUACGCCGAUCCAGCGACUCGCUAUCCCUGCCCUCCUAGAUAUGAACCCCAACCGCAAGAAGCAAUCUACCCCAGUCGCAGAGGACGAGCACAAGUACAGCCAAUACCUUCUAGCUGCUGAAACCGGAUCAGGAAAGACAUUGGCAUAUCUCCUACCCGUUUUGGAUGCUAUCAAGCGUGAAGAAGUGAUUGACAAACAAGAGGAGGAAAUUUUGGCGGAUCAGAAGACGAAAGAGCGUGAGGAAAGAUUGAAAACUCGGACAUUUGAGUUGGAACCAGAAGAGCCACCCAUGACGAACGAAGCUCGCCCGAGAGCGAUCAUUCUUGUUCCUACAUCUGAGCUGGUGGCACAAGUUGGAACAAAGGUAAAAUCUCUUGCACAUACUGUCAAGUUCCGAUCAGGAAUGAUCUCCUCAACCUACACUCCCCGCCGCAUUAAGAACGCACUCUUUCACCCAGAGGGAAUCGACGUUCUGGUGUCGACGCCUCAUCUCCUCGCAUCCAUCGCAAAGACAAAUCCUUAUAUUCUGAGCCGUGUCAGCCACCUUGUUCUGGAUGAGGCUGAUUCUUUGAUGGAUCGUUCGUUCAUUCCUACCACAAUGGAAGUCGUCGAUAAGGCCGCCCCUUCGCUUAAGAAACUGAUAUUCUGCUCUGCUACGAUUCCUAAGAGUCUGGACAACCAACUACGAAAACGCUACCCGGACGUCAGACGUCUCACUACUCCCAACUUGCAUGCCAUUCCUCGACGCGUUCAGCUCGGAGUCGUGGAUAUUGAGAAGGAACCUUACCGUGGUAACCGUUCUCUUGCCUGUGCCGAUGUCAUUUGGUCGAUUGGCAAGGCCGGUGAAGCCAGCGAGGGCGAAGAAUGGGGACCUGUCCUCUCCGCAUACAUGGGACCCAAGGUCAAGAAGAUUCUUGUGUUUGUCAAUGAGCGUGAGGAAGCGGAUGAGGUUGCGCAGUUCCUUCAGAGCAAGGGUAUUGACGCUGUCUCGCUGUCUCGUGAUUCCAGCUCCCGCAAACAUGACGAGAUCCUGGCCGAGUUCACAGAGGCUGCUCUCCCUCCCACAUCUGAGGAGAUCACGUUGGCGAAGAAGCAAGCACGCGUCGAAAAGCAGAUUCCUUUGGAACUUAAUGACAAGAAAUCCGAAUAUGUGCGUCGCUUGCCAAACACCAAGGUUCUUGUUACGACCGACAUCACCUCCCGCGGUAUUGAUACUUUGGCUGUGAAGACCGUGUUGCUAUACCACGUGCCGCAUACUACCGUUGACUUUAUUCACCGACUUGGUCGUCUGGGACGCAUGGGUAAACGUGGUCGUGGUGUGGUUCUUGUUGGCAAAAAGGACCGUAAGGAUGUUGUUCGUGAAGUGCGUGAGGGCAUGUUCCGCGGACAAGCUUUGAUUUAA